AUGAUAAACGAAAAUAAUAUAACGUGUUUGGAUGGUGGCAGCAGAAAAUCUUUAUUUCUAGAUAAUAAAUUUGGCGCGUUGGACUACAUUAUUUUUGGCGCUCUAUUGGCUCUGUCCUCGUUGAUUGGCCUCUACUAUGCAUGCACUGGAAACAAGCAGUCCUCCACGAGCGAGUUUCACAUGGCAGGCAAGUCUAUGGGAAUAUUACCAGUUGCACUUUCUUUACUGGCCAGUUUCAUGUCAGCCAUUACACUUCUUGGAACGCCAUCCGAAAUCGUAGUGUUUGGAACGCAGUACAUGAUGCUUGCCUUUGCAUACUGCUUGGUAAUACCAAUAGCCGCUCACGUGUUUGUGCCUGUCUUUUAUAAGUUGAAUCUUACUAGCGUCUACGAGUAUUUAGAAAAAAGAUUUAGUAAGAGUGUUCGGACAUACACUUGCAUCGUGUACAUCUUUCAAACUGAAUUAUAUUUAGCCAUUGUCCUGUAUGCCCCAUGCCUCACGCUGAGUGUCGUAACUGGUCUAAAUAAAUGGCUAGCAGUUGUUUCAGUCGGCGCGGUUUGCACUUUCUACACUGCCAUCGGAGGCAUGAAAGCCGUCAUGUGGACCGAUGUCGUCCAGAUAUGCCUCAUGUUCCUAGGCUUGAUUGGCAUCAUAAUUAAAGGAUGCAUCGAUUUCGACGGCGUUAUCAAAAUGUGGGCAGCGUUGGAAGAAAAUGGUAGAGUCAGUUUCUCAGAGUUCAGUGCCGAUCCGUUCAUUAGACAUUCGUUCUGGUCGCUUGUAAUUGGAGGCACUUUCACGUGGCUGACCAUUUAUGGGGUGAAUCAGUCUCAAGUCCAAAGAGCACUUUGCACGCCAAACUGCAAAAUAGGGCAGAUUGCUCUGUGGAUAAACUUGCCAGGGUUGGUAGGAUUGAUGUUUGCAUGCUUCUUUUGUGGACUGGUGGUCUUUUCGGAAUACAAAAAUUGUAACCCCUUGCAAAUCAACAGAAUUUCCGAGAGAGACCAGCUUUUACCACUUUAUGUCAUGGAUAAAAUGAACUACCCUGGCUUUCCUGGCUUUUUCACGGCGUGCAUUUUUAGCGGGGCUCUUAGCACCAUAUCAAGCGGGUUGAACUCUCUGUCGACCGUCGUUUUACAUGAUUUGAUAUUUGCGUACUGCUGUGUCGGCAUGUCAGACGGCAGGGCUACAACGCUCUCCAAACUAAUAUCCAUGUUGUUUGGUGUUUUAAUGAUCCUCUUAGCCGUUGUCGCUUCUAAUUUAGACGGACUGCUGCAGGCUGCCUACAGCGUGUACGGUUUAGUUGGAGGACCUAUUCUAGGUGUUUUUAUGUUUGGAUUGUUUUUUCCAUGGGGCAAUUUUAAGGGGGCCUUGUUUGGCCUCACCUUUAGUUUAGUUUCGACGUUGUGGAUUGGAAUCGGUGCUCAAAUAUAUAAACCAAAAAUCUUGGGUUAUAUACCACCUCCAAUGAAAGUGGACAAAUGUUAUGACCUGAAUCAAACCUUAUUAUCUGUUAGAAACAUUAACGAUAGUUUAUGCUUCCUCCAUCAUAAUUUUAACGUUUCUAAUUAUUCCGGGAGUUCAAUCUACCAGCUGUCUUACAUGUGGUACAGUGCUUUGGCUGUUACGACGGCCUGCCUCUCUGGUCUUGUGGUCAGCUUCAUAACAGGUCUAACGCGUGUCUUUCAACCACUUCAAUUAUAA